GGAGCUUUGCUGCCUGGUCUGGGGAUGAUUCUGAAGCUGUAAGGGCUGGAGUUGAGAGUCUGUGUUUAAGGCCUGCCAUGAAACCAGAGCCCAGGUUGAGCAUUGAGAGCCUGCCACCAGAAAUGCUAAUAAAGAUCUUUUCCCUUCUGGAUGCUGAAUCCCUGCUGUCCCUGGGCUGUGUGAACAGGAGCUUCUAUCAGCUGGCCAGUGACAAUGCCAUCUGGCUGACAAUCUACUCCCGGUGUUUCAAACCAAAAAGGGCAUUUUGGAAAGUGGGCUCAGGACCAACACAAACUCUUUGCUCAGGUGGUACUGCUCUGCAGGAUAAAAGCUGUGGCCCCUGGAAGGAAAAAUACAUCUCCAGACAAAUAGCUGCUGUCCAAACGAGAGCCAUUGGAUUUGUGAACUCUCUCAGAAGUCCUCUGCCGUGUAAAAUCAAAGAAGCCAUGAGAGCUGCUGGCUUGAGCUGGAUGCUUAUCUUGAAGGAGAAGAAUGGAAGGGAGCACCCAAUGGCAAAGAGAAGAGUAUCAUUUCAGGAUACCUCUCUUAGCAUAUUUUGGUAUGGUAUCAACUGGCCAUGCUUGGAUGUCCUGGCAGCACUCAGGCUCUAUGGAGUUGUGCCUUUAUUUCCUCAGAGCAAGAAGAGCCCCUCUCUUGUAGGACCUUGCUACUAUUCCCUGAUUGCUGAAUACCAUCUUGCUGAUCUGACAGCACUUAGUGCUGACAAGAUUGUCCAGCUCUUCACUCUGAAGCCAGGACUUUUAGUAGGCCUUUGGAAGGACACAAAGGAGAUUGCUUUUGUCUCAGCCAGUCUUCAUUAUCAUCAGCUCAUGGAGAGAAGCAUCUUGGGUUCUGCUGCUCGUCCAUAUGCACCUCCACCUCAUCAGCCUCUACUGGAUGAUACUGACCCAGAGUAUGGACUGCAUGGCUACUGUCUGGACUUCAAUAUCCACAGUGGAAGCUGUGCCUACAUGUGUGGGACAUUUGGGGACCUCUUUUGCAGAAAAGGUGAGAUUGCAGAUGGGUAUGUGAAGCUCACAGCUGUCAGAAGUCUGCAGAACAACAUGAAGCUCUGUCCUUUAGGCACCAUCCCUGGCUUGUCCUGGCACACAGAGGAGCUGAAAGGCACAGUGAAGGAGUGCUGUGUGCUGGAUCUUACCCUCUUGGAUGAGAAUGGAGAAACCUUCUGGUGUUUCAGUGCCCCAGUCUCCAUGGAACUGUCUUCCAGGACCUCGAACUGUUACAAGUUCCUGGGUCAAAGCUACAUCAUAGACUAUUGUGAACCUUCAGAAGGCAGAGUCUGUAUUGAGUUUGUCUACGUUAGUGAAAGCAGGCAGUACAUUGUAGUCAGUUUUGUUAUUUAUGUAAGCACCAAGAAGGUGAAUGAAUGGUAUGGAACUGAUUACUGA